UAUAAAGGAUCCAUCUUACGGACUGGACUUGAUAUUUCUUGCGUUGUAAUCAAACUCAUUUGUCAAGAAAUUAAGAAGCGCCACCGAUGUUACGUCGUAGUUGGAGCUUGCUUUCCACUGAUGGCCUCCGGCGAAGGGAUGCUUCUCCGGUCGAUCUACGGAGCUGCAAACAAAGAUCUCAAAGCUUCUCAUGUCGUGAGAUGAGUAAAGAACUGAGAGUGUUGGACAGUUUUGAGCUACGACACGAUGCAAGACUGGCAAAAAAUAGAGCUUUGCGGGUCAGAAUGCAUAAAAUGUUAGCGCUAAAGAAUCACUCAAUAGAUAUCUGGACAGCCCGGAUUGAAAAGUUCGUCGAUAAUCCUGUACUUUCUCACGAUGAAAAGGAAAUGAUUCGAGAAGAGUUGAGCAAGAGGAUUGUCGAAGAAAUUGAAACUGAUAAGGAGAAGCAAGUAAUAUCAUACUUACGUGGGAUUCAAAAUAAGGAGGAAGAAUAUCUUGAGAAAUUGGAGAUUAUUCGUACCGUGCAAUUCCUGAUAGUCCGCCGACAAAAUCAAGAGCCUGUGACGAAGGAAUCACCAAAAGCCCAGUCUUAAUUACUGCAAAAAAUAUCUAGGUUUGAUGAUUUUUUACUCAGGUUUAAGUGUGAUUUUUUUUUUUUGGGGUUGAUUUUAGAGCUCAUAAAGAGCUAGCUGUGUAGGAUAAACCCUGAGUAAAAAAGAUAUAGCUCCUUCAAACUCCACAUGAAAAUGUAAUAGUUCAUUGAUGCAGCGGUUUGCUGAAUUUUGGAAGUUCAUUGAUGCAAAUCAAAAUGUAAUAACCUCACGUAUGGUUGAGCUUCUGGGUCUGGCUUGUAAAAAGGCUGUAUCUAUUUCUUCUGAUUACUCUGAUUACAGAACUCAAUUGUAUGGAAUUGGUUGAGUUCUUUUUAUUUUCUCA